UCUUGAAGAGAAAGCACAGAUCAGUUCCAAGUUCCAGCCUUCGUCAAAAGAGAGCACACUCGAAGGCCAGACUGACAGAAGAAGCGAGCGUGCGAGAGCUAGAAGCACGGGUAGAGGGCGCGAGAUAACCGUUCGUUUUCUCUCUGAUUUUCAGCUGGACCUUCUUCGUCUGUUCGUCAUCAUUUUCGAUAGCUUCUUCUUCAACAUGGACAAGAAACGUCUCCAGAUUCAUAUCUUCAAAGUUCAACAAACACUGGAUGUCGUGAUUAACCCGAGUUCGUGAGUUCGCUUGCUGUCUGUCUCUCCCAAACCUCCUAUACACCCGCCCAUCCACCCAUUACGCGUCCACUGAAUGAGACGCGGUAGAAAGCCCUCCCAUUGGGCAGACGCCCGCCGCAACCAGGUCAAGAUAACAUCACGGGAGUUUGAGAUUCAGGAUCCACUUCCAUGGACAUGGGACAACCUCUUGCCCACAUCAAGCCGAUCCACAAGUUCUCACAAUUGAUCUCAAAUCGGAGUUAGCACAUCAUCGAUCCCCGAUCCAGUCUAUUGAACUCAGGUGUUGCAACGCCAAAGUCUCUCCCUACAUUCUCACCUUUAUCCACACGCAUCCCCGGCGCCCCCUCCAUAAACACUAAUUUUCGCCCCAACAAGACAGAACAUUUUGACAAACUCAAUACCUGUGAGCCAUGACCAAACAGAAAAAGUACUCUCAAGAUGACCGGAUCUUCGACAAGGACGGCUUCACUCUCCGGGCCGCUUGCGUGUGCGUGCGCGACGAUUCCGAAUCCGAGAUCCUCCUGGUCUCUUCCUCGGCCAAUCCGGAUCGAUGGAUCAUCCCGGGGGGUAAGAUCGAGACCCAAGAGACCCCUGAGUACAGUGGAAUGCGCGAGGCCAUGGAGGAGGCGGGGGCUGUGGGCGAAUUGGGCCGUUGUUUGGGAGUGUUUGAAAAUCGGGAACGUCACAAUCGGACCCACGUGUACGUGCUAAAAGUGAACGAGCUCUUGGACGAUUUUGAUGACGCGAAAAGGCGGAAACGGCGGUGGUUUCCGAUCGAGGAGGCCGUUCAAGUGCUCUCGCCUUUCAAACCUUUGCAUUCCAAAUAUCUCAACACGCUGCAAGCCACCAAGAACGUUAAAGUGGGGCCGAACUCCCCUGUCAUCCUCGCCGCCGAGAGCCCAUUGAAAUGAUCGGUGCUAAUAAUAUUCCGUUUCCUUAAGUUGGAAAAGUAAGAGAGCAUCGACAGUUCGACACAUGCAAACAAUAGAUUCUGAUCGGAGUAGCUCCUUCAUCGAUUUCUCUCUUUUGUCAGUACUGAAAAGGCCACAAAAAAUACUCCCAAAUGGGGGAACUAUUUGAUUUAUCAAUAAAUCUAUCAUUUGAAUAUUGACUUACUGAAAGAA